UGGAUGGGCGCCCACCCCCGGGGCGACGCUGUCAUCCGGGAUAACCGCAUCCCCCAAAAGACCUUGGGCCAGUGGAUCGCCGACAACCCCGCUUGCCUGGGGGCGAAGGUGAAGGACACCUUCCAGGGUCGCCUGCCCUUCCUCUUCAAGGGCGGCACCGCCCUCUCCAUCCAGGCGCACCCCAACAAGGAGCUGGCGGCGAAGCUGCACGCCCAGUUCCCCGAGCACUACCCCGACGCCAACCACAAGCCCGAAAUGGCCAUCGCUCUCACCCCCUUCGAGGGUUUGUGCGGCUUUCGGCCGGUGGAGGAGAUCGUCUCCUUCCUCCAGACCACGUCGGGGAGCAACGGGGACCUGCUGCUGCGCCUGCACUCCCAGUACCCGGGGGACAUCGGCUGCUUCACCAUUUAUUUCCUCAACCUGGUGAGGCUGGAGCCGGGGGAGGCCAUGUUCCUGGGAGCCAACGAGCCCCACGCCUACCUACACGGAGACUGCGUGGAGUGCAUGGCGUGUUCGGAUAACACGGUGCGCGCCGGGCUCACCCCCAAAUUCAUCGACGUCCUCACUUUGUGCGAGAUGCUCAACUACACGCCGGCGCCCAGCAGCUCCAAGAUCUUCCCGCCCACCCAGAGCCAGCUCGACCCCAGCGUCUACCUCUACGACCCGCCCGUGCCAGACUUCGCCAUCAUGAGGAUAGAGAUCCCCGCCUCCAUCAAGCUGUACCUUGUCUCCGCCGUGGACUCUGCCAGCAUCUUGCUGGUGAUCCAAGGGACGGCCGAGGGCACCUCCCCAGCCGACAGAGGGGGGAUGAUGGAGAUGGAGAGCCUCCGGUGCUGUGAAUAA